CUUCGUUGAGACGUUGAGUAUAUUCAAUUUUAAGCUUUCAUCACUCUCUCUCCUCAAUUCAUAAUCAAGAAAUGGCUGAUCUUUCUCAUGAACAUGGAGCUCUCACCAAGGCUUUUUCAGGACUUGGAGUCGAUGAGAAGGCAUUGAUUUCAAUUGUUGGGAAUUGGCAACAUGACCAAAAACAUUCAUUUAGGAAGGCUAGUCCACACCAUUUUUUAGCAGACGAACGCCAGUUUGAGAAGUGGAAUGAGCAACAAGUUGAACUUAUCAAGCAUGAAGUUCUACGAUUUAAGAGUGCUGUGGUGCUAUGGACCAUGCAUCCUUGGGAAAGAGAUGCUCGUUUGUUCAAGGAGGCUUUAACCAAGGGCCCCGAUGGUUAUAGCUUGAUCAUAGAAGUUGCUUGCACAAGAUCGUCCGAAGAGCUCUUAGGAGCAAGAAAAGCCUAUCAUUCCCUUUUUGACUCCUCAGUGGAGGAAGAUGUUGCGUCCCAUGUCCAUGGCCAUGAACGCAAGCUUUUGGUAGCGCUAGUUAGCGCCUAUAGGUACGAAGGUUCACGGGUGCAUGAUGAGAGUGCUAAAUCUGAGGCAGAGGCUCUUCACCAUGCCAUCAAGAAGAACCUUCCUGUUGAGGAUGAAGAGGUAGUCAGGAUAUUGUCGACAAGGAGCAAACUCCAUCUCAAGGCCAUCUUCAGCCACUACAAGGAGUUGUUCGGAAAAGAUCUUGACGAGGAAUUUCAUGGUUUUUGGAGCUUAAAAGUAGCACUUCAAUGCUUAGUUAUCCCUGAGGUCUAUUUCAGUGAGGUUUUGGAUGUGGCACUCAGGAAAGGGGCUAAUGAGUUCACCCAAGAGGCGCUAACUCGAGUGAUCGUGUCUCAAGCUGAUGUUUACAUGAAGGAGAUACAAGCAGUGUAUUAUAAGCGAUUUGGAGCUAAUUUGUCCCAGAAAAUUGAAGAGACUUGUCUGGGAAACUUCAAGGACUUCUUACUUACUUUGGUUGCAAGAGGAGAUUAAACAUACAAUUGGCUUUUGGUGGAUGUUUCACUCUUCAAUUUGUGAUAUUGGAUUCCCUACUUUUAUUUGUGUGGUUUCACCAUUGAAUAAGGCUCAUUUCAGCAUCUAUUGAGAGCUAGAAACUAGGUCAGGCAGUGUUCAUUUGAAGGCAUCUGUAUUUGUUAUAAAUCACACAAAUAAAAUGGGACUAUGAGAAAAUGGAUGUUGCUUGUUUUUGUCAUAAAUCAUUGUCUAGAUGUAGAUUGUGUAUUAAAUUGGGUCUCCCAUAGUCCCAUUUCUUACUUAGCUGCCUUUCACUGAUUGAUUUGUUGGGUUCUA